UUUAAUUUUCUCCAUAGCUCCGCAGGAUUUCUCCAUAACCGACCUCAAGAUCUCAUUUGUGCUUUAAAAUCUCCACUCCUUUCCUUAUCAUCCAAAUUUAUUUUCUAAUCAGAUGUCGUUCGAUGGAGACGACCGUCUAAAUUAUGUGUCUGAUUCCGAGCUUGAAGAAGAUGAAACCACAUCAGAUGUUGAUUAUUGGGCAGGUGUUCGAGCUGUAGCAGGAGACCAAAGCUUGACUCCGAUAUCUUGUUAUCCUCGUUGUAGUCCAGAAAGCCAGAAGCGGACUGAAGAAUUUAUAGCCAACUUCAUAUUACCCCAAAACUCCUCUUAAGAGUGAAAAGAUGAUCACUGAUGAUAGAGAAGACCGUCUGGGUUAUGUAUCUGAUUCAGAGGUUGACGAAGAAGAAACCAAAUCAGAUGCUGACCCUUGUGCUGUUGUUCGAGUUGUAGCAGGAGACCAAAGCUUGAUUCCGAUAUCUUGUUAUCCUCGUUGGAGUCCAGAAAGCCAGAAGCGGACUGAAGAAUUUAUAGCCAACUUCAUAUUACCCCAAAAGAAAGAUUCGGUUAAUGGUUUUUCUGCUUACUCCAUAAACAGCUGUUGCCUCAUUGAUGCUGCCUUUGUGCAAAGAACCACCCAACUGAUGCCUUUUGUCACGAAGCAUGUCUGUUAUGCCUUGUCUUUGCUCAUCUGUCAAGUUCUUUUUUUUGUUUGUGCUGGCCAUGUUGCCUUUAAUAUGUAAGGA